AUGACUCAAAGAAAUAAUUUAAAUCAUUUACAAUAUUUAAGAAAUUAUACAAUAUGUUCAUAUAAUAAAUUAGAAGAAAUAACCCAAUCUAAAAUAAUAUGGAUGAAUUUUAUUUAUCAAUCAAAAUUUAUUCAUCAUCAUUAUGAUUAUUUAAAACAAAUUACAAUAACAAAUUCAUUUACUCAUUUUAUGUUUUUCUACAAUCAAAAUGAUCAAAUUCAAUACAAUAAUAAUAAUAAUAAUACAAUAUUAUUGGAUUUAAAAAUUCAUUAUAAUAUUCGUUAUGAUAAUCGUAUAAUUUAUCAUUUUAAUGAUGAUUAUUCAAUGAAAAAUGAAAGUUUCAUUAACUAUACUAUAUUGACAAGAAAUGAAAUUGGUGAACCGGUAACAUUUAUUUUAAUGGAACAUCAUCCUAAACAAUUUAAUGUUACAGAAGCAUUACAAGCGAUCUCAUCUGGUCUUUCAUUGAACGAUGUGUGUAAAACAAAGAUACCAUGCAACAACAAUGACUUAAUUGCUAUUCGCUUACCAAAACGCACCUGCGAUCCUUGUUCUAGGUCUAAAAAUGUUGAUCUUGUGGUGAUUGUGAAGUCAUGCGUUUAUUGUUUUGAACAGCGAGUGUUUGCCCGAAAGACUUAUCUGAAUAAAGAUAUGUGGAAGAAUUUCAGAGUACAGUUCGUGUUUACAGGUGGAUUGCCAACACCAAACGAAACAAAUACUUACCACUUUGACGGCUUUAUGACUACCCCAACUAUAGACGCGAUGCAAUUAUCAAGUAAACAUGAUGUUUCGAAAUGGUCAGCAGUCAAGAUUUUAAGUAAUGAAAGUAAAAUAUAUGAUGAUAUGUUAAUAGGUGCUUUUCACAAUACAUAUUUUAAUUUGACAACUAAAACGAUGUUGUCUUUACGUUGGGCCACGAACUUCUGUAUCUCUCAGUCACCGUUAUUCUUAUUUAUUGAAGAUGACUAA